AAUCUGGCAACAUGUAAACCAGCAACAUGGCUACGCAUUUUCAUUUCGCAUUUCUAACCUAUAAUUUUUUGUGAAUUUCAAGUUUAUUAUUAUUUAACAGCUUGUGUACAGAAUGCUACAAGAAAUACACAUCCGCUUAGCAGAAACUCGUGACAAUACACCGUUGGCUAUUAACCAACGUGUACCCAAAAUUUUUACACCUGGUGAAAUUAUCAGCGAGCAACAAGAGUUUAUGAGAGGGCAUGGAACAUACGAAGAGGAUAUCUACUUAAAAGCUUCUGUGGCUGGCAUUAAAGAACAAGUAAACAAACUUAUUUCAAUUCGCCCCUUAAAGAGUAGGUACAAUGGUGAAAUAGGGGACGUUGUUGUAGGUCGGAUUACUGAGGUUCAGCAGAAACGUUGGAAGGUUGAUACUAAUUCGCGGUUAGAUUCCCUAUUGUUGUUAUCGUCUGUGAACUUGCCUGGAGGAGAAUUAAGGCGACGAUCUGCUGAAGAUGAACAUAUGAUGCGGCAAUACUUACAAGAAGGUGAUUUAAUUAGCGCUGAAGUACAAAAUGUCUUCUCGGAUGGUUCUCUGUCAUUGCAUACUCGAAGUUUCAAGUAUGGGAAGCUUUCUCAAGGUGUUAUGCUUAAGGUUUUUCCAUCAUUAAUAAAAAGAAGUAAAACACAUUUCCAUGAUCUCCCAAUUGGAGCUAGCGUUAUAUUGGGGAACAAUGGAUUUGUAUGGAUUAGUCCAACAAUGGUUAACCAAGAAGAUAAUGUAGGAGGUUUCACUCAAAAUUUAGAAGAGGUCGUGCCACGUGGUACCAGAGAAACAAUCGGACGACUGCGAAAUUGUAUUCUAGCCCUAGCGCAAAGUAAUGUUAUGUUGUUUGAUACAAGCAUUCUUUAUGCAUAUGAGGAAUCCCUAAAGUACAAUGUAGCUGAAUUGCUUCUGCCAGAAGCAAUGGUUGAUGUUGCGAUACUUACUCAACAUAAAUUGAAUUUGUCUGAAUAUUCGUAAAAGUUUUAUUAUUAAAAUGAGUAUUCCAAAUUAUUCUAUUAAAACUAGUUUAAAAAAUAUUUUAGUAGGUAUACAAAACAUAACUUAAUUUUCAAAUAUGUACAUUGUAAACAUUAAAAUUAAAAAUAAAUAGAUGUAAAGCUAUA